CCGGAAGUUGUUUACAAUCUGCUGUUAUGGCUUCUGUUGUAACUUGACAUCGUAUGUCAUUCAAUUUAUAUCACUCCUUAAUGUUACAUUUUCAAUAUUAUGCAUCAAACUGUUAUAGGCUUUUGUUUACGGCUUCAGCGACCGUUGAAUUUCAAGCUGUUGCCAAAUUAUCGUUUCUGCUCCACCGAGCACGUGCGUCAAGUAAAGAAACCACAAACUACUAAAGGUUUUCAUAUACCUGUGAUGCUAAACGAGAUACUGUCUAUUUUGAAUCCUCAAGAAGGACAGGUGAUUCUUGACAUGACCUUUGGUUGUGGAGGCCACAGUCGAGAGAUUCUACAAAAGGCACCCCAACUGAAAAAAUUAAUAGUUUUAGAUCGCGAUCCCUUAGCACAUGAAAUUGCUUUGGACUUUGCAAACGAAUUUAGCCAGUGUAAGAUACUCCCUUUGUUAGGAACAUUCGAAGAUUUGCCACAUCUGCUGCAACAACAUCAAGUGCCAACAAACUCCAUCCAUAGUGUUCUUCUUGAUGCAGGAACAUCAUCUAUGCAAUAUAGUGCUGCAAAUCGAGGCUUUUCUCUCAGUCUCAAUGGUAAUUUGGAUAUGAGAAUGGAUGGAUUAAGAGAACCUGACCAGCCUACUGCUGCUGAUGUGGUAAACACUUUGGAUGAAAAAGGUUUGCAGGAACUUAUCAAGAAAUAUGGAGAGGAGAAGAAAGCUGGUGAUAUAGCUCAUGCUAUUGUACAGUUUCGGGCUGCAUUUGGGAAAAUUGUAACUACACAUCAGUUGGCAACUAUUGUAGCAAGUGUAUUUGACAGUCCAACGAAACGAGAUAAACUCCAAAGACCAGCCCAUGUUGCAACAAAAACAUUUCAAGCGUUACGUAUAUUUGUGAACAAUGAACUAAACCAGCUGUCAAAUGGAUUACUCGUCGCUCACAAUUAUCUAAAAGAAGGAGGCGUUUGUGCAGUUAUUUCUUUCCAUUCUCUUGAAGAUCGUAUUGUCAAAAGACAUUUUCAUGGAAUUGAUAUUAAUGCUGCUAAGAACAUGUCUUUAAGCAGUCAUCAGUUUCUAAGUCCUUCCAAAAUAUUCAAUGAAACAUCUGUGCAAAGUAUUAUAUCAAAGAAAUGGAACCCUAUACAAAAGAAAGUUAUUGUUCCUGAUCUUACAGAAGUUGAACAGAAUCCCCGAGCUCGAUCUGCCAAGUUAAGAGCUGCUAUUAAAUGCAGCUCUUAAAUUCAUUAUUCAUUAUUUAUUUUCAAACUAAGGUGGUGAAAUGGUAGAAUCAUUAGCAUGUUGGACACAAUACCUGGUGGUGUUUCUUCUGGCUGUUUAUGUUCUAAGUUCAAAUCCUACAAAGGCCAACUUCACCUUUCAUAUUUUUGGGGUGUCAAUGAAAUAAGUACCAGUCAAGUACUGGGGUCAAUGUAAUCAAGUAGCCCCACUUCCUAAAAUUAUUGGCCUUGUGCUAAAACUAGAAAGAAUUAUUUAUUUUUUAAACUUGGUUCAUAUACAAGUGAAAAAUGUAACCUUUUCACUGAAUUUACAAAAUUCUGUUGAUAAAAGUUUUGGCAGCUAUUUCAGCUGAAAUUGCUUGAAAACACACAAUUGCUACAGCUUAACUGGAGAACAAUGUAAAAUCUAAAUACACAAUAUAUACCAUACUCAGUGGUGUGUAAUAUGCAUUUUUUCCCCAAAGAGUAUCUCAAAAUGUUAUCCUGGGCCCUAUAUGCAAAGUUGGGUGUUCCAUAAGCUUAUUUUAUUCCAGAUUCUGAAUAUGCUGAAAUUGAAGUAUAUGUAAUAUGUUAAUGUGUCUUUUAUGCCAUCAAAUAUGGUAUAUGAUCUAUUAAUAUUUACUCUGAAGUAAAUAUUAAUUAAUAUUAAUCAACCAAAUUUUCACUGUUUCUACCUCAAAUCCAGACUGACUAGAUUUUAUUUCAUCCCAUAUAUGAACUCAUCACUGAUGCCUAAUGAUAAAUCAUUGAACUUGUUUUAUUUUUUCUCUUGUAAAUAUUUUGCUUAGAAAGGAUGUUUCAUUAAAACACAAUCAGCAUCAUUUUUCUUUAACCAAGAGCUAGUCACAUUUCUGAUUCACUUUGUAUUGUUUGUGACAGCUUUGUUGCCACUUAUUCAUUUUGUUCUUUUACAGCAGUGGUUCCCAAAGUGGGCAGUAUUACACCCCUGAGGGUGGUGGAAAGUUCCAAGGGGAUGCUGAAGAAAAGUGGGGCAAUAAUGGGGUAGCAAUUCAUGUAAAAAGUGGGGCAAUAACGGGGGAGCAAUCCAUGUAAAAACAACAUAAUGGGUUCAUUAGGUUAAGUUUUAUUUGUGAAAUGCAGUUGCUUUGAAUUUGCUUCAGAAAGAGGUCUAUUUGUGAUGGUUAACUGCGGUGGGGAUACUAGGAAUGUGGCAUGGGUAUCAGUAGGGGCUUGAAAAAGUUUGGGAACCACUGUUUUACAGUAUCACCCUUUUGAUCAUAUAUAACAAUAAUAUGUUGGUGACCAAAUCUCUUUGAUCUAGCGGGUGACAUACAAGCUAGAUGAGGGCAGAUGGCUUGAGAAAGCUGUGCAACUCAUAUACAAUGGUGAUAAAGCAGGCAGCUGGCACUAAGAAAUUUGAUGUACUGAUGAACUCACCUUGAUAACAAAAAAUUUUUUCACUAUUUUCAAAACUAUCUGAAACAAAGUAUUUCAAGAGAAAAAUGGUUACUAUAUUUUCUGGCAUACAAGCUGGCAUAAUACAUAGUGUAAACAUCAAAA